CACCCAUAUACACAUAACAUAAAGUUGUAAGAAAAAAGAGAGAGACAGAGAUUUACUCAACGGCUAAGAUGAAAAGUUCAUCGGAGCUCCUUGUAAUAAUGAUUUUCUUAUUCUUGGCGCUUCUCAUAAUCUCCCACGCUCAAUCACUUCCAGGUACGCCGUAUGGCGGCCCUGGUCCGUAUCCGCGUAGUUACCCUGUGUGUUACCCACCGUAUUGCCGUCCAUGAGAGUUUCAAUUUGGUCACAUGAAUGAAUUAUAGUCAAAUACCUAUAUCAAGGUGAUGUAUGUGUGUAUAUUAUUAUAUGUUUUCAUCAUUUGAUGGAGAAUAAAAAGCUUAGGAAAUAUAUCCAUGUUAUUAUAUGUUUCAGUUUGUAAUAUGUAUAAUGAUAUUGCUGGCUCUGUCCCUUUUUUUCGCUGUCACCAUAAAUAAUUAUUGGAUUUCGAAGAGAUCAAAGCGACCAGAACCAUAUCGAGAUGGAAUGAAACUAUGAAUUCUGAGAUCUAAAUUCAACAAUGGCAAAUGGUCACCAAUCAAACUUAAAUUUCA